AUGGCUGACUUGCAAAAGACGCUGUCCCAAGAAGAGAUGGAUGACAUCAUAUACGAGGCCAGAGCGGGGGAUCUUGACUCUUUGAAAGAGAUCUUCGAGAAACAUGUCGAUCCACAAACGCUAUUGACCAUCAAAGAUGAAUACACUUUAGCUACCCCUAUACACAUGGCAGCGGCGAACGGACAUGACCAGGUGUGUCAAUACCUUUUGCGACUGCUUUCUAAGGGCGACGCACAAAACUUAGUGAAUAAACAGAAUGAAUCGGGAAAUACCGCGCUGCAUUGGGCAGCCUACAAUGGGCACACAGAGACAAUUAAGGUACUUUGCGAGUUCGGCGCAGAUCCAUUCCUGAAGAACAAGUUCAACCACGAUGCUAUUUAUGAGGCAGAGAAGAACAACAAGUCUGAGGUGGAGAAGUACUUUUUGGAGAAAUUUGAUAUCCAGCAGGACGAUGAUGAACCGGCUCAGAAAGUCCAGUACAAGGAGGGAACAGAGAUUGAGAAGGCAACGGAAGAAUCGCGUGAAGUGGAAAGUAUAUGUAAGGGGCUCAAGGCUAAUCAGCUGUGA